AUGGCGUUAGACCCCGCCCAGGUGCUCGAGACUAUUCAAAAUGGGUUCGUCGUUUUCCCGGUCUGCCUAGGGUCAACCCCAUCACGAAGCGCAAAGCACAGCCUAAGUGGCCCCGUCGACUUGCACGCACAAGGCUUUCAUGAAGACUCUCAACCCUUUUUUAGUCGUGGCUACCACCGGCGCUGCGACCGACCAAACCCCAGAACCAUGCCCCCUGGUAUUGAAGGUGCAAAUGUGUUCCUCAGAUCAGGAUCCCUGGCCAAUACCACGGUUGAAGAACAUGGAAUGCGGCUAGAGCGAUCGGAUGCGGAUACGAUCAUUCCCGAUACAGAGCCCAGCGGCUUCUUGGCCAUAUCCUUCUUCACUUAUAACAAUACAAUGAUGGAAAAAUAUCCCGUGGAAGCCAUCGAGAACGCGAUUGCAGGCAUCUGGGAACAUGGGGAUCAGAUUAAAGAGAGAUACUGCAAACAACACAAAUGUCAAGAGUUCCUUGCCUGCAACCCAGAACCGUUUCUGCUAUUUCCAUCUCAAUGCGAUGAUCCGGAUGAUGAUGAUAAAACCUUGGAUUGGUGCCGGUGCACACAUUGGAAUAACCCCAGGCCAGUUGAAUGUCAAGCUGGGAGGGACAUCUUGAAACAUGUCAGCCGUGUUGUAAAAAAGGGGUAUCAUGAUGAACUUGGCGGUUGUUAUCCGGUGGAAUUAAGACCUUCAUGGUACUUUGAUGAGUGA